CAAGUACAGAUUCAGGCCAUCUUCAAAAGAGGUUUCACUAGGCUUUGCAAAGUCCUGCUGACAAAGAUUAAGAAGUCUCACCAUGUCUGGAUGGGGAUGGAUACUUACAUUGCAUAUGUCUAUGUCAGGUCUCAUUUGGAUGAGUACAUCCACACAGUCACUGCAGAAUUUCCCCCCAUUGUGCAUUGUAGCAGCUGUCAGGAUCACAAAGGGUGUGCUGAGGAUUGGGCUGCAGUGUGGUGGAAUGGUAUGAGGCAACUCCCCCUUGAUGGAAGGAACCUGCAGCAUUUGGAUGAAGCUAAUGAUCACUUCAAAGGAUUGCAAUUUGGCUGGGUCAGUGUGGAUUGUAAGAGGCAUAUGUUUUCACAUAUAAUGAACCUGAACAAACCACUUGCACAUUCUCAUCAAUUCAUUACUCACAUUAAAGAUCGCCUUGUCCACAAAAUCAUACCUACAUAG